UCUCAAGAAGCCAGAUUUGUUAAAAUCAUGGCUAGCAAUGUUACGUCUGGUGUAUCCGCCUAUCUAAAAAACAGCCACGUUUGUUCGGAUCACUUUAAGCCCGAGUGCUCCGAGCGAAACCUCAAAUCAGAGUUACUUGGUACAAAGGCUAUUAGGCAUCUGAAGCCAAACGCAGUCUCCAUUAUUAUUGCAAAGCGUACUGGCCGGAAACGGGCUCAUGCUGCGGUUGCGGGCAUGACGUUAGCUGUGCUCGAGGAGAUGGAGAGCAACAAACAGGUUGCCAUCAUCAUCGAAACAAUGGCAACUGAUUGUUGUAAGACGGGUGACCUCCUAAAUGUGUAACUGUGAUUGACGUCUCUGUGUUGAAUUUGUUCAUAUAUGGUAAACAUAGACUCGACCGUGUAAUUCUUUAAAUCUGUAUACGUCAUUAGCAAAUGUCUUCAAAUAUUGUGUUUCAA